GUCUGCCGGUGUUUCGCUCCCUUCUCUCUCAGUCGGAGUCCAAACUGUUCCCGGAGAACGACCUCCUGCGACGCCUCCGCAUCGUGGCUUCAGACGCCGAGAAGUGUUCGGCUGUGGCUCAGCAGCUGCUCAACGGCAAGAGGCAGACCAGGAACCGCUGUGGGAACGGGAAGUUGUGCAGCCAGCUGACGGUGGAGGAGCUGAGGUCGUUUGUGAGGCAGCUCUACAAUCUGUCCUGCAGCCUCCCUCAGGCCCCCAAACUCAAGGAGCUCCUGAACCGCAUCGAGGACUUCCAGCAGCACAGCGAGAAGGUUUUAUUGGACGAGAGGCCGAGCGUGACGGAGAUCCAGAGUCUGCUGGAUGUCAGCUUCGACUUCGACGUGGGUUUGCCCGAGCUGCCGAGGCUUCGAGAGCUUCUGGAGCAGGCGCGCUGGCUGGAGGGGGUUCAGAGCGCUGGGAAACAGCCCCUGAGCCUGGAGACCCUGAGGAGGCUCAUCGAUCAGGGGGUGGGCCUCACAUCUCACCGUUCACUGGAGAGAGACAUGGCCCGUCUGCAGGAGCUGCUCAACGUCUCCGAGAGCUGGGAGGAGCGGGCGGGCCGCCUGAUGAACGCCAGGUCUUUUGAUUACACAUUUUGA